AUGUUCCCACGCCUCAUCCGGACCUCCGGAUCCCCUGUCCAUGUCCUUUAUCUGUUCAGAUGUCUAUACGCCCGAAUCCCUGUACCUUUGCAUAUCCACACAUCCGGAUCCGAUAUCUGGACACCUGAUUUCAUAUCCACUUCUCAGGAUCUCCGGAUCCAACCUAUGCUUCAUAUCCGAACCCAAACCUUAAAUCAGUGCUCAUCCCCUUAUGGUAAUCACCUGUUUCCGGACCCGGACCAAUCACGCCCUCAUAUCCAAACAUCUCCGGACAUCCAGAUCCGACCUGCGUCUAUCUUCCAUGCCUUUUCCCUUUGCCUAGGGAGGAAUUCCCUAGGCCAGAGCUCCGCUCCUCCGCUCCUCCGCUCCUCCGCUCCUCCGCUCCUCCGCUCCUCCGCUCCUCCGCUCCUCCGCUCCUCCGCUCCUCCAAUCCUCCAAUCCUCCAUUCCUCCGAGUUUCCGGAAGUUCCUCCGGAACUUUCCCGCAGUCCUCCGGACCCAUUCUGCUUCGGACUUUGUCCCUGCAGCCUUUCCUCUGACGAAACCUCGUUGUAAUUUCCGGAAGUUCCUCCGGAACUUUCCUGCACCCCUCCGGAAGUUUCUCACACUCAUCCAGAUCCGGAUAGUCCUUCCAGACUUCCUCCGGAUGUCAUCUGCAAUUAAGGGCACAUACUCGGGUAAGGGGCGCAGCGCACGAGCUGAAGCCAAGCCCCUCGGAAUCAGUCCUACCCUUUGUGCACGGUCUUAA